AUUUCCUCUCCUCUCUCCCUCCUUUUUGUUGGGUUUCAAAUAUCUGGGAAUUAAUAAAUACUCAGCUGAAAAUAAUGGCGGCUAAACGGAUUCUUAGCAACCCAUUUUCCGACCAAGCCGAUGAGCCGAAGGAGAAACGGACGAGACCUACCUCUUCUUUUACUUCUGUGAUUAGGGAAGCUGUUAUGGAUAAGUGUUUGAGCACAGCUCUGGAACCAAUCCUUCGAAGAGUGGUGCACGAAGAAGUGGAGCGUAGUCUUCGAGCUCAAAUCCGUUCUUUCAGCAGGUCUCCAUCGCUUCGAAUCCAAGCACCGCAACCGUCAACUCUCAAGCUCAUUUUCCCUAAAGCUCUUACCGUACCGAUCUUUACCGGCGGCAAGAUCGUGGAUGAAGAGAGCAAUCAACUUCGAGUAAUGCUUGUUGAUACAAGGGGAAACCAAACGGUUCUUUUCCCAAGCCCAUUUAAAGUAGAUAUCGUGGUCCUCGACGGGGAUUUUCCGUUGAAUGGUAAGAAUUGGAGCAGCGAAGAGUUCGAUCGGUACAUCGUGAAGGAAAGAACCGGCAAACGUCCCUUGCUCGCCGGUGAAUUGGUUGUCACGGUGAGGGAUGGAGUCGGUUUGAUCGAAAAUAUUGAAUUUACGGAUAAUUCGAGCUGGAUCCGGAGCCGGAAGUUCAGAAUUGGCGCGAAAGUUGUGGGAGGGAGCUGCCAAGGUGUACGGAUUCGAGAAGCCAUGACUGAAGCUUUUGUCGUGAAAGAUCAUCGUGGCGAAUUAUACAAGAAACAUCAUCCACCAACGUUAGGAGAUGAAGUUUGGCGUCUAGAAAAGAUUGGUAAAGAUGGAGUAUUCCAUAAAAGGUUAGCCUCUGAGGGAGUUCACACGGUGCAAGAUUUCUUGAAAAUGUGGGUCGUCGACCAUGCCAAGCUUAGAACUAUUUUAGGCCCUGCAAUGUCAGAGAAAAUGUGGAAUGUGACAGUCAAGCAUGCUAAAACUUGUGUUAUGGGGAACAAACAUUAUGUUUUUCGAGGACCUGAUUACAAAGUCUUGUUGACUCCCAUUUGCCAACUUGUGAAUGCAGAGAUUAAUGGAAGCAUAUAUACUACUCACAACCUCAGUGACAUUAACAUAGCAUAUCUUGAGAAUUUGGUGAGAAAAGCAUAUGCAAAUUGGUGUUCCUUGGAAGAGAUAGAAGGAAUUUCCGAUGAAAUUGGCCUUCUCACACAUGGCGAUCAUCCCAAUCAUCAACAACCCAUGGUGGGAUCAUAUCAAUACAAAGUGUAUAUGACGGAUCGUUUGAUCGAGGGAUAUAUACAAAACGAAAUGCAAGCAAAUCGGGAAAUAAGUCCGAUAUAUUUCAAUACCUCAAGUGAAAAUGGGGUUAGGCUGAACAUGUUUCCAUCGAACUCGGAUGAUGAUUUGACAUGGGGUUAAAUUGUGAAAACUGUUAUCAACAAAAGUUGGUUACAUAAGUAAAACAUCUUAGAAAGACGAAAAUUCAAACCUUGAAUAUAUAUUAUUAGAAAGAAUAGACAUAGGCAGUAAAAUAGAUAUAAGAAGUUGUGUAAAAAAGUGAAAACUGUUGAAGCAUUUACUUUUUUUUUUUAUUGAACGAGAAGUAUUUACUAUUAGGAUUGUAAAUGAAUUGAACAUAACAAAUAAACUUUUGUUCAUCUUCAUUUGUUUA